AUGAGCGGCCAUGUGCCUGGUCAUGGCAGUGUGACCUUUGAUGAGCUGGCCAAUAUCCUCGAUGCAGGUUCCAUUGAUGCCCUUCGGUCUUCCAAGGACAGAACUGUGGCGCUGGACGAUCGCAUGUCCAUCUGGGAAUUGUGCGAGCUGGUUCGUGAGGCGAGCUUCUCCGCCGUUCCUGCGAACGAAAAUGGCAACAGUUCGUGUUGCUCUGACGAUGGUGCUGCGUCUGACGACUCCCUGGCAGAGGAUCCAAGCAUCGACAAUUUCGUUAACAAAGUUCGAUUGGAGCUCUUCCCUGAGAAGUCCACGGACAGUGAUGAGAGUAUUGCUGGAGACUUUGCGGAUGGUCCCUGCUGUGUCCGAGGGCAGUGGAGCCCGGAUGGGGGCCCUGGCACUGCACAGAACCCUCAGGUGCAGCUGGAAACUGACCGGGUGACGCUGUUGAGGGCCGAGCUGCGCGCCAAGUUGCCGGAGCCAAGUAGCACACUGGAGCUGUGGCUUCUCCAGGGCACUCGCUGGGGUAAGCGGGUGAAGCAGCUGGCGUCAGAUGAGAAGGAAGAGGACAAGGGUGAAGAACAGGUUUUGAAGAAGGGGAUGACCAAGCGUGCGCAAACCAUGCUUAAGGCAGAAGAAGCGGAGGAGUCAGGCACAGCGAAACUUGGAGCUUGCCGUGUUUUUAAGAUCCUCGCUUCUGCGCAGAGCCUUACUCACCGGCCUGGCCCCAUCCGCGUGCAACUGGAGGUCGAGGUCAAAGCCAAGGAGACACUGACAUUUGUCUUGGCACGUGGCAGACACCAAUUGCAGCCGGCAACGGCCACGGAGCGGCCGCCAUCUUCGGGGUCGGAGGCGGCCGAUCGUUCAGGAUCUCAGACCAGCCGCCGGCCAUCACACCAGAGAAGAUAUUCCCGACAGUCGACGACGCUUGAGACACCCACACGCAGAGGCUCUGCCUCUGCACGAAGAAGCAUCUCCGGUGAUGCAGAGAAUCAGGCCUUGAACAAGGUGCAGUCGCGAGGCAGCGUCAUCUCCAUCGCCUCAAAAGGUUCGAGUGGCCGAAAGUCUCCGUCCGGACGCCGCUCUUCGGUGGGCCGACGGGGCUCCCAAACAUUUCUGCCAGCGCUGCCGGUUGCCAACCUCGACGAAGACGAGGUCAAGGAGAAGGCUCAGGCCGCAGCAAAGCUGGUGACCAUAGCACCAGAGAUAUUGACUCCACCAGCCAAAGCCUUGGUCCGCAGCUGGAACCCGCCGGAGGAUUAUUUUGAGCUGCGGAUUUGGGGCACCUCGCCCUUGCGGAAGGGCCCCAGGCUCGUCCUGACCGCUGCGGACAAGGCCGCGCGAUCCGCGGUUCCGCGCCGCAACCGGCGUUGGGAAGGUGCGGUCCGGAGCUUCGUGCGCACCUCUGGGAACUUGGAAGAUGCGCAUGAGGAGUCCUGGUGGGCCGCCCGCUCCGACGUGGCGCGCCACGCGCGCUUUGGGCUCAACGAGCAGCUCGACGCCGUCCUGGCAGACCUCCGCCGGAUGCGCAUGGAGGACACCAACACGGAUCCCGACUUUUUCAAAUAUUGUCCCAAGCACAGUCAAGGCGGAUUCAUGCUUCUGGACUGUGUGGGCAAGGAGCUGGGAACACCGAUGAGGAUAACGCGCCUGAAGAAGACCCAUAGCGAGGAACUCGAGAAGGCUGCCAAAAGCGCUGAGGACCGCGUGGCAGGCUUGCAGAAAGAGCUUCGAACUGCACGAGAGGGGAACAACGAGGCGAAGCUGCAGUUGGAGCUGGAGCAGCGCCGCUGGAUGUACAUCCUCGGAGUGCUCCAGCAGGACGAGGCUCUCAAGAGCGAUGCUGAGGUGGACCCCUCGAAGGCCCAGGAUGUCGGGUACCAGCUCAACGUCACCUCAGAGCAACUUCGGGGUCUCCGAACUCGAAAAGCCGAGGCUGAGGCCACGGCUCGGGAGAUGAAGGCUGCGUCGGAGGCACUCCAGGUGAGUCUGGAGGAGGCACGCGAGAAGUAUGCCGCGCUUGGCGAGGCUUUGGCUACGACAGCUUGCCUUGCCGCUGCGGCGGCCGCCGGCCUCGUGGCCCCCACCUUCCUGCCAGGCUUUGCAGGCGCAGGGGAGCGUGCAACGGCUGCUCCGCAGCUCCGUGGCUCUACCGGAGCUGGCGCAGGCUCCAGCGUGGGCGCCAUUGGUGCCAUUGCUGCCGGCGGCGCUCUGGCAGUUACGGCGCUCGCCUCGGCACGCCCGGUGCGUGCACGCACGGUGCACAAGGCCGCUUGCAAGUCAGCUCGCCGCGAGCUCGCCGUGGCCUAUGAGGACUCCGGCAUCGAUCUCCUUGACAACGGCAAGUUCGCGCAGGGCCUGGUGGGUUCCGAGGGUGCCUGGGGCCGCUACGAGUUCGAUCCCUUGGGCUUCUCUUCGAAAACGGAGCAGGUCCCUUGGCUUCGUGAGGCAGAGCUCAAGCACGGCCGCAUCUGUAUGCUCGCCUGGCUCGGCUUGGUGGUCCCGGACUUCGUCCGCUUGCCCGGCGAGAAGUUCUCCUUCGAGGCCGUGCCUGUCUCCAUCGAUGCUCACGAAGCCUUCCGCGGUGCCACAGGUGUCAACGCCCAAAUCUUGUUCUGGGUCAGCCUCGUGGAGCUCUGCUGCACGAAGAAGGUCUUCGAAUGGAAUUCUCUGGAGGUCGCCGGUGACUACGGUCUUACCAGCUGGUUCCCCAGCGACGAGGAGGGCCAGAAGAAGAUGCGCUUGGCCGAGCUCAAGAAUGGACGUCUGGCUAUGCUCGCCUUUGCUGGCGCAGUCACCCAGGAAGAGCUCCGUGCAUCCAAGGAGGCGGCCACGGCACUGUCGGAGCAGCUCGAGGAGUCCCGGGCAGCGACGACUACCUGCUGCACAGCUAAAGCCGACCUCGAGACGCAGCUUCAGGAGACCCAGGACACCUUGGCGCAGCUCACCGCGCAGCUGCAGGAGCUGCAGGACCGCACCGCGGAGCUGGAGAAGGCCCUCCAGGCCUCUGAGGAGACCGCUGCACUCACGACCUCGCAGCUGGCGGAAGCCAAGGAAGCCAACGCUGCCAGCGAGUCCGCCAAGGCGGCGGCCGAGAAGGAAGCUGAGGAGUCCAAGGAGGCCGCCAAGCUGCUGCAGGCACAGCUCAACGAUGCAGAAGAUGCGGUGAAGCGGCAGGAGGCGGAGCUGGCGUCGGCCAAGGCAGCCGCAGACUCCCUGGAACAGCGCCUCCAGGAGGCCCGGGAGGCCAAGGAGGCCGCGACCCCCGCGCAGGCAGCCGAUGCCCAGGAGUCCAAGGAGGGCCAGGCCGGUCAGGAGGCGGCGGCCACGCCAGCAGAGGCGGGUGUAUGA